AUGACGCCGACAAGUAUUAUGCCUAAAUUAGCUUGGGUCAAACAGUGCUAUAGAUUUUUUCAAUAUUUUUGCCAUCUUCCCAACUUUCGUUAUCCUUAUUAUGGUGCUUUCAGAUGCAAUGGUGGAGAUCCUUAUGCUGCAUGGAGGUACUGGACUAAGACGGGUAUCGUCACAGGAUCUAAUUAUACAACGAAUGCUGGCUGCAAGCCUUACCCAUUCCCACCAUGUGAGCAUCAUUCAAACAAAACACAUUACGAUCCUUGCAAACACGAUCUAUUCCCAACUCCAAAAUGCGAACGAACAUGUGUCCCUACAUACAAAGAUAGAAGCUAUGAUGCCGACAAGUAUUACGGUAGACUCGGUGGAGGACAUGCUGUGAAGAUGAUCGGAUGGGGUGUUGAUCAGGGAUUCUUCCGCAUUUUGAGAGGAGUCGACGAAUGCGGCAUCGAAUCUGGUGUUGUUGGUGGCAUUCCUAAGCUGAAUGAAAUUCCCUUCAGGAGGCACGACAUCAGGUCGUUCGCAGAGGAUGCCGCUGAUGUCUUCUUUUGA